CCCCGCCUGGGCUCCACAUAUCCCCUGGCUGCCUGGCAAGAUGAAGCCUAAACUGAUGUACCAGGAGCUAAAGGUGCCUGCUGAGGAGCCCGCCAAUGAGCUGCCCAUGAAUGAGAUUGAGGCUUGGAAGGCUGCGGAGAAGAAAGCUCGUUGGGUCCUGCUGGUCCUCAUCCUGGCGGUCGUGGGCUUCGGAGCCCUGAUGACUCAGCUGUUUCUAUGGGAAUACGGCGACUUGCAUCUCUUCGGGCCCAACCAGCGCCCAGCCCCCUGCUACGACCCCUGCGAAGCAGUGCUGGUGGAGAGCAUUCCAGAGGGCCUGGACUUCCCCAAUGCCUCCACGAGCAACCCGUCCACCAGCCAGGCCUGGCUGGGCCUGCUCGCCGGUGCCCACAGCAGUCUGGACAUCGCCUCUUUCUAUUGGACUCUCACCAACAAUGACACCCACACUCAGGAGCCCUCUGCCCAGCAGGGUGAGGAGGUCCUCCGGCAGCUACAGGCCCUGGCACCUCAAGGCGUGAAGGUCCGCAUCGCCGUGAGCAAGCCCAACGGGCCCCAGCCGCAGGCUGACCUGCAGACCCUACUGCAAAGUGGUGCCCAGGUCCGCAUGGUGGAUAUGCAGAAGCUGACCCAUGGCGUCCUGCACACCAAGUUCUGGGUGGUGGACCAGACCCACUUCUACAUCGGCAGCGCCAACAUGGACUGGCGCUCCCUGACCCAGGUCAAGGAGCUAGGCGUGGUCAUGUACAACUGCAGCUGCCUGGCUCGGGACCUGACCAAGAUCUUUGAGGCCUACUGGUACCUGGGCCAGGCGGGCAGCUCCAUCCCGUCAACCUGGCCCCGGCCCUAUGACACGCGCUACAAUCAAGAGACACCGAUGGAGAUCUGUCUCAAUGGAACCCCUGCUCUGGCCUACCUGGCAAGUGCGCCCCCACCACUGUGUCCCAGUGGCCGCACCCCAGAUCUGAAGGCCCUGCUCAAUGUGGUGGACAACGCCCGGAGUUUCAUCUACGUUGCGGUCAUGAACUACCUGCCCACCAUGGAGUUCUCCCACCCACGCAGGUUCUGGCCCGCCAUUGACGACGGGCUCCGGCGGGCUGCCUAUGAGCGGGGCGUCAAGGUGCGCCUGCUGGUCAGCUGCUGGGGACACUCUGAGCCAUCCAUGCGGGCCUUCCUGCACUCCCUGGCCGCGCUGCGUGACAACCACACCCACUCCGACAUCCAGGUGAAACUCUUUGUGGUCCCUGCGGAUGAGGCCCAGACCCGGAUCCCAUACGCCCGCGUCAACCACAAUAAGUACAUGGUGACCGAACGCGCCACCUACAUCGGAACCUCCAACUGGUCUGGCAGCUACUUCACGGAGACGGCGGGCACCUCGCUGCUGGUGACACAGAAUGGGCGUGGUGGCCUGAGGAGCCAGCUGGAGGCCGUUUUCCUAAGGGACUGGGACUCCCCUUACAGCCAUGACCUUGACACCUCAGCUGACAGCGUGGGCAAUGCCUGUCGCCUGCUGUGA